AUGGAGCAAAUCGAGCAGCGUGCCGUCAUUAAGUACCUCCAUAAGAAGGGGCUAUCAUCAAAAGGUAUCCAUGAUGACAUGGUCAGUACAUUAGGCGAUUGUGCUCUGUCAUAUUCAUCCGUCAAAAAAUGGAUAGCAGAAUUUAAGCAUGGUAGAGAGAGUGUGAAAGAUGAACCCCGCUCUGGAAGGCCUUCGACGUCAACUACUGACGAAAAUAUUAAAAAAGUACUUGAUUUAAUAAUGGGAGACCGCAGAUUAAAAAUUAGAGAGAUAGCCGAGAUUAUAGGCAUCUCUUAUAAACGAACUCAAAACAUCAUUGUCAACGAGUUGGGUUUCCACAAGGUGUCUGCGAGGUGGGUUCCGCGACUGCUUUCAGUUGAACAAAAAAGGACGCGAUUGACUAUUUCACGCGACUGUUUGGAGUUAUUUGAAGCCGAUGCAGAUGAUUUUUGA